GGACUGGUAACCCGGUAACCACCGAAACACUGCUGAUAGGAUGGCAUUGCGGAAGAACUUAAAAUCCAAAGCAAGCAGCAAAUUGGUAAUCACCUCAGCUGCUUUCCAAGACCACAUAAUGCGAAGCCUGCUGCAUCCAGAUUUCUCACUUUCUGACCCUUUGCGGAGACACAGUAGAGGCAAACAUCCCCAGGUGAGAGAAGGAGUGGAAGAAAGGGAUCUGCAAAGGCGACAUGAGCAAGAAGAGAGAGAAUACGUGCUUGACCCUGCUCCACCGCCGUUAACUUUAGCUCAAAAGUUAGGUUUGGUGGCCUCCCCUAGAGAAAGACUGACAGAGGAUGAGUGGACCCGGGUCAAAGAAAGGUCCGUUCAGCAGGAGGAAUCAGCUCAGCCCUGUGCAAUAUGCAGGGAGGAGUUUCAACUCCAGCCUCAGGUUUUGCUAUCCUGCUCUCACGUUUUCCACCGAGCGUGUCUGCAUGCCUUUGAGAGGUUUUCUGGGCGGAAGCGCUGCCCGCUGUGCAGAAGGGAGCCAUAUGAAACACGUGUCAUCAGCGAUGCAGCUCGCCUUUUCCAACAUCAGUGUGCCACCAGGAUACAAGCGUACUGGCGAGGUUACAUGGCUCGUAAAUGGUACAGAACUAUCAAGAAAACCAUCUGCCCAAAAGACAAAAGGCUGAGACGUCAGUUUUUCGAAUCAAGGUUGCAGGAGUUGAAUGACAGCUUUGUCCGAUACUGUCACACCGACACGGAGGCUUUUCUGAGUGAUAUCGACCGCUCGCUGUCAUCAAGCAGACGAGUGUUCCAGCAGCUGGAGAGAAAGAGCGUCUCCGAACCUCAGGAGAACGACUGGGACCGAAUAAAGAGCCAGGUUAUCCAGAGAGGUGUGUGGGACUGCCCCAUUUGCCUGACUGCACUAAGCAACCUCAGCCUCCCGACAGUAUCGGCGAGAUCCAACCAUCAACAGCGGAGACCAACCGUGCUCCUGUCCUGUUCCCACCUUUUCCACCAGCUCUGUCUUGAGGCCUUUGAGGCCUUCUCUGCAGAUAGUAGACCUUUGUGUCCACUGUGCAGAUCUGCGUACCACAAAAAAACUAUCUAAUAGGGUGGAGAAGGCAAUCUGGAUGACUCCAUGUGGAUCGCUUAAUAUAAAAUCAGAAUUAGCUGUAUAAAAUACUAAAAUAAAAUAAGCAUUUUUGCUGAAGC